AUGGCACAAGUUAUUACACAUUCAAUCUUUAACUAUAACAAGGAUGUUUUGGAAGACAAUGAUAAAAGCAUGUGGGAGCACCCCACGGAUAGAGCAGCCGAACUCCCAUACAAAAAAAUUCGAAUAACGGCAUUUAGGUAUGAAAUUAUUGAAGUUAGUGACGGUAAUACCAACAAGAUGAGAGGUAUGGCGUUUUUUGAAAAGUUAAAAAACGGUCAUAAUAGUACACGGGUUUUCUUAGUCCCUUCCUUCUACCAUGAUCUCUACAGCGAUUGUUUAAGUCCUAUGCCAAUAGCCGGGCACUUUCUCUUUAGGGACCAGUACUUCCGCGUCGCAAAAGUUUAUUUCAUGAAGGUGGGAACUGAUGUUGUUAUUAGCCUCGAAAGUGGUGUUUUCGACACUGCCGUCGUUAAUAUGUUGGUACAAGACCUCGCUGCUGGUCAUUUAUUUCAUCCUGGUAGUGACUGGUACUUAAGGCAAUCUCUUCGCAGAUUUACUCUUUCUUUGGACACAACAAUCAAAGAGUGGGAAAACGUUUAUCAUCCACCCGCAAAAAAAUUGACUUGUCAAGACGUCCGGGAAGAGAUUUCUAAACUAAUUGAUAUCGAAGGGUUAUUGAACUUAGCCCCGAAGAUCUUGUCUGAAGACAUAACGAUCGCAGGAGGGUUUAGCGAGCAGGAAUCCGAAGAAAGAAGGAAACGUCUUCAUAGGGUGAUCAUACCGGCAAAGCAAAGAACUUACGAUGUUAAGAUUAUCCUUUUUUGUAGGAUUUACCCUGAACUGCCACGAAAGUUAUUUGCUGGGUUGGUAGGACUUAUGCAAACGUUUAUGAAAGUGCUUUCACCUGUGCUGAGCACUCUCUCCCAAUUAAACACCAUUAGUACGCCCGCCAAGAUCAUUGUCUUGCUGAUGGCUUUAACUGUAUCGAAUGUAUGGAUUACAUAUAUUCCUCCAGUAGCUCUCACUGAUGCAGUGAGUAUCACUCACGAAAUGGUAUGGCAUCCAUUGAAAAUAUUAUUAGGAUCUUUUGGGUGGUUAUUUUCUCGGUUUCAUUGA